AGCAUAACAAGUGCUCGCUCUCCCGUGUCUUCAUUCGUUUCUUGGGACCGUCUAAGACGCAUUAAUUUCAUUAGCAAAUUAUUUUUGCGUUAUAAUGAACAGCAAAUUGCCCUUUUUGCCGGGAAAUCAGCAUUUCGAUUUUGCAAAAAGUAAUUACCAUAGAAGCCACACAUUAGGUUUCAACAAUGGAUACGCUGUCCAGAAAAAACCUGACCUUGAUACUGGUGGUAGCCCACUGCAGACCAACCAAAUACACGAACUGAUAAGCGUAAACAAUUACAAUCCACAAUUAUAUUACGGACAAUCAAAACCUGCACCACCACAACCAUUUAUGCCGAGUUUUGUGGCUCUUGAUAAAAAGGUGUUAAGUUUCAAAGCCUGGUUCAAGGAAACAGUAGCGGAAUCUCCAAACGAAAAUUACCGAAUUCGAAAAGUACAGAUAUAUUACUAUCUGGAAGAUGGCACAAUGGUCGUCAAUGAACCUGUCGUUGCAAAUAGCGGACUGAAUCAAGGAAAAAUGAUAAAAAGGCAAAAGAUACCGAAAAACAAUGAAGGUGGAAGUUACACGUGGAAGGAUCUGAACAAUGGGAGAAACAUAAAUUGCUUUGGAAGAGUUUUUCACAUUUACGAUUGUGAUGCUUGGACAACAGAAUAUUUGGAGAGUGAAGGUAUUGAAGUGAAUCCGGCAGAGCAGUGUCCUGACGAUCCGUACAUCAUGAGCCGUGAAACAUCCGAUGUAAUGAAAUCUAAAUCUUUCAUCAACCCGCCUUCAAAUCAUUUGGAAUCGUUAAAAAGAUUUCUUGACCUCGAUAGAAAAGUUUUAAGAUUUUUCUGUAUUGGAGAUGAUCAAAGAGCAUCUUCAAAGGAGCGAAGAAAAUUUAUUUUACACUAUUACCUUGUGAACGACACAGUUGAAGUACGAGAGGUGCACACAAAAAACGACGGACACGAUCCCUUUUCCGUUUUAAUUUCUCGGCAAAGAAUUCCUAAAAAUAGGAAUUCCGUCGAUUCGAAUUUUCCGUCAAUCGUCCUGGAACUCACAGAGAAUGAAAUUCACGAUUAUUUUUCUCCUAAAGAUUUUGCUAUUGGUAGAACAAUUUUGUUGUACAACAGACCAUUUCUGAUUUAUGACUGUGACGAUUUCACAAAGGCCUUCUAUUGGAAGAACUAUGGAUUAACCGAUUUUACUCCGUACUCCGAGGAAUUGCAUCAUCGCAAAAAGUACACUGGGUAUGGCACACUGGAGGACAGCUUGCAGUCCGUUGAGAAAUUGGUACUCGAACCUCCAAAAAAAGACCUGAUCAAGAUGAUGAAUUGGGAUGGAGUCGUUCUCAGAUACGAAGCAAAAAUGGAAGCGAUGAAAUCGGAAUUUACUCGCCGCUUCAUAAUUUCCUACCGUUUGGCUGACGACACGAUAACUAUUUACGAGCCUCCAGUGAAGAACUCGGGCAUUCAAGGAGGGAAGUUUUUAGAGAAGUCCCGCGUAGCGAAACCAGGGAGCACAACCGACCGUCCAGUCUAUUACGGACCUCAGGAUUUCUACGUGGGUGCAGUCAUCGAUGUGUUCAGACACAGGUUCAUCAUUACGGGGGCGGACGAUUUCGCUAUCAAGUUCAUGGAAAGCCGAUCCAACAUUUUCAAUAGUAAAUCACUUUUAGCUCAUAAUUUUAUUCCAUAAUUUUGUUUUAGCUUUCUUUAAAAAAUUGGUUAAUUUUUAGUCUUUUUUAAAGCACAAAUUUUUUUAGAAAUGUGACAUUUUAACAGAAUGUGAUGCUCAUUAUUUACAGUUACGUUACACACUAACACAAACGACCAGUAGUAGCAUAGAAUUCCAUCCAACAUUAUCUUCGGUGACCAUUUAUCACAAACAAUUUUAAAUAAUUUCAAUGAGAACGAUGCCUAGUAAUCUGUAACAAUCUGAAAACUACGCACUUGAAUUUCAUUCUUUUCAUUUUGAAAAGAUACUUACCUAUCUGAUAUAACUUGAUAAGCAUCGUUUCGAUACAAAGAAUAAAGCAAU